AUGGCGCAACAGCAUGAUAUGUACCUCGACUACGGUAUCCCUCCCAACCGAUCUCCCAAUGCGUCGCGACCCUACCCCGCCGCUUCGGCUUUUCAGUCCGGUCUAUCUCUGCCCCGACAGACACAGCGCCCUUUCGACCCUCCUCUGGGGUCUUCUGCCCUCUAUUCGACCGACCGUCUCACCGGCAAUUACAACCAGAGGCCAAUGGACCAGAUCCCACAGAGUGCAUUGUCUGGAGCCUACUUGGCCGAUGCCAAUCAGCCUUGGUCCUACAACCCUGGCGGCGUAGCCACCGUCAACGGCGCUAUGAAUGGCACCAGCAGGCAAAGGAGCGUCAAUCGACGUGUCCCUCUCCCAGCUAAUUGGACAGAUCAAGGUGCCAUGGGUAUGCCCUAUGGCAUGAACGGAAAUCCCAUGUCUGGCGGAGGGCUCCGCUACGACCAGGGUCAGCACGAUAUGCGAAGCGGUCAUGGUGACGAUCAGCUGAUACCAACCGCCAUCGUCAUCAAGAACAUCCCAUUCGCCGUGCGGCGAGAGUCCCUCGCCGCCCUCAUGGUCGACAUGCACCUCCCGCAGCCCUACGCCUUCAACUACCACUUUGACAACGGCGUCUUCCGCGGGCUUGCCUUUGCCAACUUCUCCUCCCCCGAAGAUACCAAAAUCGUCAUCGAGGCUAUGAACGGACUCGAUGUGCACGGUCGGAAGCUUCGCGUGGAGUACAAGAAAAUGCUCCCGGAGGCUGAGCGCGAGCGUAUUGAGAGGGAGAAGCGAGAGCGUCGUGGUCAGCUCGAGGAACAACACCGCGCCCCCAUGCUUCACCAGCAGCCUUCCAUUGCGUCGCUGAACAGUAUCAGCACCAAUCAGACACGCUCACCCCUUGGCGACGUAAAUCUGAACGACCCCGAGACGCUUCGAUUCUACACCGAGCUUAUGCUGUUCAAGCAGGAUAACUCCAGGGAGAUUUUCAUCUUCCCUCCCACCGUGACUCCCGAGCAGCGUCGCCAGGUUCACAUCAUGGCCCACCACAUGGGCCUGGAGCAUCAAUCCGUCGGCGAGGCGGAUUCCCGGCAAAUUCACGUGGUCAAGCGACAUCUCCCUUCGCCGACUUCUCAGCUGCAGACCGUGCCGUCGGUCGGCCUGGAUUAUCACAAGAAGGGAUUGAGUAGGGCGGCCACAUUUGAUUUUGCCGCCGAUAGGGAGUCCCGUCUCGCCGCGGGCAACUAUUCCCAUAUGCUGGGUAGACAGGGCCCGACGCUAGAGCUUCCGGGAAGCCCUGAUGGAAGCGGCUUGGCCAACCUGCGUGCUGCGAAGAGCUUCGCGGAUCUGAGAUCUUUCAGCCCGAGCCCUUCGGCCUCGUCUUCCAGUUACCUUACCGCCGUCAACAAUGGGCUUGGAAACAUGCCCGGCGCAGGUAGCGCGGCAGCUCGCUUCGGCGAGUACAGCAGCGGCUUGAACCAGGGUAGCAGCUUGGCCACGCCUAACCUGACACCCACGACGCCGGGAACGUCUGGGACCCCGAGCACCGGAAAUGACAACAGCCUCUUGAGCGCCCUGGGCGGCCUGAACCUCGGCUCCUUUGACCCGAACCCGGGCUCGUCGCACCAGCAGCAGCCACGGAACACUCCGGGCGCCAUCGGCAGCCAGCGUCCUGGGGCCAGCAGUGGAAGUAACCGCGGUUCGAACGCACCCGAGCGCCAGCCUAGGGGCCCCGAGUGGGAGGCUGCAGCCGGAUUCGGCGGUCGAGGCCGAUCCAAUGGACACAUGCAACGGGGAAGCGGUGAGUGGGCUUUUGUUUUUUGACUUUUUGUUUUUUGACAAGUGGUUGCGACUUUUGUAUACGCCAGACAUGUCUGACAGUAAGCGCCUUGCCACUUUUUACAGAGGAUUCCUCCGAGAACGGUACCCGGGUCGGAACCAACUCGAACCCCUCUCGAUACCACUAAACGGGCGACGGUACAUGUUUAUACAUUGCCGCUCGCUUACGAAACACGACCAUACGAGGAGACGAUUCACGAGACUCGAUAUAGAGACCACCAGCACAUCAAAACCAUGUUUUAUUGACCCCCCUACAUUGACGAGCUUCGGCGUGCGUACCAAGCCGAAGCGGCGACGAUCUUCACUCAUGACUGCACGGGAUACGUACCAUGGCGGCCGCGUC